AUGGGACCACCCUGGUUCGAUCGUGAGCUUAUAAGUAUGCUCCGUAGGAGAAAUCGUGCUUGGAAGCACUACUGUACUUUGAAUGCAGGUUACGAUGAAUACGGACUAAUACGGAACCAGUGUUCGGCAGCUAAGGUGACCAAACGCCGUGCUUUUGAGGAGCGUCUAGCUGCUGAGGCUAUUUGCGUACUUGAAAAGGAGAACCAGGACAGUACCUGA